GACGUCACGACACAAACACGGAAGUAAAUGUCUCCACGUUGAAGAACAUGUAUUUUGUAUUAAGAUGGAAAGCAUCGAAACUGCUUUGAGCUUCGUGUGGAGAUGGAAAAGAUUCGUGCGCGCUUCAAACAGGACAGAUCUUCCCCGUCUGACACUGUGAGACUGAGAAAGAGGAAUUCUGUCCUGUACAGCACAGAUGACAGCAGAGCUCAAAAACACGAAUUCCUUGGAGUCACAGUUUUCACUGUUGUAUUCCGUCUGGUCAACUGUCUCCUGGUCCAGAGCAGCUUUGUCCCAGAUGAAUACUGGCAGUCGCUUGAGGUUUCUCAUCGAAUGGUCUUCAACUAUGGCUAUGAGACCUGGGAAUGGAAGGAAGGCAUCCGGGGAUAUACGUAUCCUCUCGUGUUCGCUGUGAUGUAUAAAGUCUUGCAUUUGAUGAAUUAUGACACCGUUCAACUAUUGAUUUUAGUACCUCGCAUUUUCCAAGCUCUGCUAGCUGCGUAUGCUGAUGUGAAGCUGUACCGUCUCAUCCUGCAGUGGGAAACUCCAGAUGUGGCAAAAUGGACACAUUUCUGUCAGCUGUGCUCCUGGUUCAACUGGUACUGCUGUAGCCGGACUCUGACCAACACCAUGGAAACGGUUUUGACCACCCUGGCGCUUUGCUUUUACCCUUUACCGGGCUCCAAAAUGCACAACAGCUGGUUAUAUUUGUCUCUGGUGUCUUUGGCUGUCAUUGUCCGUCCCACAGCUCUGAUCGUUUGGCUUCCUCUGCUGUUCUGUCACUUCUGCCUGGAAGAGAACAAACUGAAACUCAUCAUACAGCAAGGAAUUCCUAUUGCGGCUCUUACACUGGGAGUCUCGAUAUUGAUCGACUCUGUAUUCUAUGGAAAGUGGAUUCUGGUCCAGUGGAACUUCCUGAAGUUUAAUGUGCUGCACAGUGUGGCAGAUUUCUAUGGAACUCACCCAUGGCACUGGUACUUUACUCAGGGUUUGGUGGUUGUGAUUGGACCUCACCUCCCUCUCUUCUUGUACGGAUGCAAACUGGCCACCAAAAAACACAGAAUCCUGCUUAUAACCAUUUUAUGGACUACAGCUAUUUACAGUUUACUCCCACACAAGGAGUUCCGGUUUAUUUAUCCAGUGUUGCCAUUCUGUAUGAUAUUUUGCGGUUUGUCUUUAGCGAAGCUGCAAACUUGGAGGAAACCUGUUGCUUGUGCCCUGCUGCUGUUGAAUAUAAUUCCAGCAUUAUAUACAGGUUUAAUUCACCAGUGUGGAGCUCUGGACGUCAUGAGUCACCUGCAUCAACUGUGUGACAUCAGUGAGUCUCAGAAUGCACCGGAGCCUGACGUUCUGUUCCUCAUGCCCUGCCACUCCACACCGCUGUACAGUCACCUGCACUGUCCCAUCAAACUGCGUUUCCUGGAGUGCCCACCAGAUCUAACAGGAAAUGAGCAGUACGUGGAUGAAGCUGACAAGUUCUUCUCAGAUCCUCUUCACUGGCUCAGAACAUCCUUCCCCACUCAGUCCACACUACCAUCACAUGUGCUGCUGUUCGACUCCCUAGAGAAGGAUAUUGCUGAAUUCCUGGUGGAAAACAGAUUUGUCAAACAAUCCGAAAUAUUCCACACUCACUUUCCAGAAGGUCGUUUGGGAAAGAACAUAUUAAUAUACAUCAGAGGAUCUGGGCUGAGCACUAAUUAGUUUUUUCCCCCAUUAUUUUUUGAUUAUGUACAACUGAUCGCCAGCUCACAUAAAGACUUUUAUUUGUUUAAAUUCA